UUCUCUCAUAGUCUGUGUCUUACCUACGAGCGAGGCAAGCAAAUGACCUUUUCAAAAGGUCAAACGCAAAACCAAAACCUCAAUGUCUUAAACAAACGCUUCUUCUUCAAUCCUCUGCAAUUUCAAUUCCAUUCCCACACUUUCAUUUCAUCCUCUAUAAUUUUCCAAUUCCUUUUCCCUUUCUCAAAUUCUCUCUCUAUCAACUAACACAACACAAGCUUCUCUUUCAGCUCCAUGGUGGGUUCCAAUUCUCCGUUUUAGUCCAUUAUUUCCCACAGUUCCCUCAUCUGGGUAUCCUCAAUCACCUUCCAACUCUGAUUCACCUUCGAUCUUGUGGUCAAAGUUUGCAGCUUUGACUUUUUCUCAACAUGGGUGGGAGCGAGAGCUCGAAGGGUGUGGUUAUGGGUCGUUUGGUUGAGUGCGUGAAGGAGAUUUCUGGGUUGCCAGAGUGUCAGAACUUUUGCAAGAGGGUGUAUGGGAAUUUGGUUCGUAGAGUGAAGCUGUUGAGUCCUCUCUUCGAGGAAUUGAAGGAUAGUGAUGAGUCCCUAAGCGAUGAACAGCUUCAAAGCUUUGAGUCUCUUUUGGUUGCUUUGGAUUCAGCUAAGACCCUUUUAAAGGCUGUGAACCAAGGGAGUAAGCUUUAUCAGGCUUUGCAGAGGAAUGAUACAGCAGAUAAGUUCCAAAAAGUAACCGAAAAAAUUGAAGCUGUGCUCAGUGAAAUUCCUUACAACAAACUUGAGAUAUCAGAGGAAGUUCGAGAACAGAUUGAACUGGUGCAUGCUCAAUUCAAAAGAGCCAAAGCUCAAACAGAAUUUGUUGAUAUUCAACUAGACCUGGAUAUGGCAUUAGCACAAAAAGAAAAAGACCCUGAGCCUGCUAUACUCAAAAGACUUUCUGAGAAGUUGCAUCUGAAGACAAUAAAUGACCUAAGGAAAGAGUCUACUGAAUUGCAUGAAUUGUUGAUCACAAACGGUGAAGUAGGAGACUCUUUUGAAAUGAUCACAUCCCUUCUUAGCAAACUGAGGGAUUGUGUGCUCAAAGAAAAUCCAGAAGUUGACACCAGUGAAUGUGAAAAAUUGUCAGUUAAGCACAGGUCUCCUGUGAUCCCAGAUGAUUUUCGAUGUCCUAUAUCUCUUGAACUAAUGAAAGAUCCUGUAAUUGUCUCUACCGGUCAGACAUAUGAAAGAUCUUGCAUUCAAAAAUGGCUUGAUGCUGGUCACAAAACCUGCCCCAAGACACAGCAAACACUUGUACAUACAGCCCUCACCCCUAACUAUGUUUUAAAGAGUCUGAUUGCUUUGUGGUGCGAAAGCAAUGGCAUCGAGCUACCCAAGAAGCAAGGGAGCUGUAGAACAAAGAAGUGUGGUCCAAGCAGUCUUUCAGAUUGUGAUCGAAAUGCUAUUAGUGCUUUAUUGUAUAAACUAAUGAGUAGCGACAUAGAACAGCAAAGGGCAGCUGCUGGUGAGCUCCGGUUGCUGGCUAAGAGGAAUGCAGAUAACCGAGUAUGCAUUGCUGAGGCAGGAGCAAUACCACCUCUUGUAGACUUGUUGUCUUCUUCAGAUCCUCGAACUCAGGAGCACGCUGUUACUGCACUUCUCAAUCUUUCGAUCAAUGACAGUAACAAAGGGACCAUAGUAAAUGCCGGAGCCAUACCAGAUAUUGUAGAUGUACUGAAAAAUGGAAGCAUGGAGGCUAGAGAAAAUGCAGCUGCAACUCUCUUCAGUUUAUCUGUUCUAGACGAGAACAAGGUGCAAAUAGGUGCUGCCGGAGCUAUUCCUGCUCUUAUAAAGUUACUUUGUGAAGGUACUCCUAGAGGUAAGAAGGAUGCUGCUACUGCUAUCUUUAAUCUAUCUAUUUACCAGGGAAACAAAGCAAGAGCUAUAAAAGCUGGUAUAGUAGCCCCUCUGAUACAAUUUCUGAAGGAUGCUGGGGGUGGCAUGGUAGAUGAAGCACUAGCUAUAUUGGCAAUCCUUGUAAACCACCAUGAAGGCAGGGUAGCGAUCGGUCAGGCGGAGCCAAUCCCUACUCUAGUUGAGGUUAUACGAACCGGCUCUCCACGCAACCGCGAGAAUGCUGUCGCUGUCUUGUGGUCGCUAUGCACUGGAGAUCCACUGCAAUUAAAACUAGCAAAAGAACAUGGUGCAGAAGCUGCACUGCAGGAGUUAUUAGAAAAUGGAACUGAUAGAGCUAAGAGAAAAGCUGGUAGCAUAUUGGAACUCUUGCAACGAAUGGAAGGGGAUGAUAACCUGCGAAAUUCUUAGUCUCGGUGUUAUUUUAUUAUAUAGCUCAUAGAUGGUCAGAGAAUUAUGUAUUAUAAACCAUUGGCACGAGAUAAUACUGUAUUCAUCUUUCAUAUGUAAACUGUGAAAUUUUGUAUUAUGUUUUUAUUUGUCUGUAUAGGGAAUGCUGUAAAUUGUGUAUUGAAGAUGUCACGCGAGGAUUAUAGAUGGAAUAAGUUUCUGCCAUUGUCUUUCAUAGCGAAGUUUGUAAUUCUUGGAACUUACUGUUGUAGUAAAAGCCAAAAUUUAAGGCUGUAAACAACCAGACUGGAGCUAUGGUAUUCUUAUGCUUUUGUUCAAUUAAUA